AUGCCCCGUUGGCAGCAUUGCAAGUCGCAAAAGAGCAGCAAUCGACAUGGCUCAUAUCAUACUGCUACUGCUACGACGUUGCUAUUCGCCUCUAUCUUCGGGACAGGCAAAGAAGAGUCCAGUGGGAUCCUCCCAGCAGCUGAGUUUUUCAAUAGAGUGAGUCAUUCUGCUACGUUGGCCCCUGACCGGAGAAUUGGAGGCGCUCCGAAGGACACUUGCCACUCGACUAGCGUUCGAUCUAUUGAGUGCUUGGAUAUAUGGCUGUGUCCCUUUUCCUGGCGACGGGAGAGGAACAAGCAAGGGUCGCCUUUAUACAAUGACAGUGGCGCAUGGCCGAUGGGGUGA